AUGCCCGACGUGAUCGACUUCCUGGUGCUGCGCGCGCAGUACCACGCCGCCGUCGAGCGCCGCUGGGGGCCCGGCGACCGGUUCCGGUGCAUGAUCGACGACUCGUGGUGGACGGGCAUGGUGGUGGAGCGCACGGGCGGCGCCGAGGUGGAGACGGAAGCGGAGGCGGAGGCGGGGGCGGGGGAGGGGGCGGGGAACGGACCGGCGGCGGCCCGGCGCUGGGCGCGAGAGGCCGCCUCGCACUUCCUUUCGCUGAAGGUGCGCUGGGACAACGGCGAGAUGGAGCGCCUCUCGCCCUGGGAUCUCGAGCCUAUCGAUCCCAACAGAUUGCCGCAGGAGCCCGGUGGCGCGGUACCCGUGGUGGCGGGCGAGCUGGCGGCGUUGCUGCGGCGGGACGAGACGCACGAGUGGGAGCCCGGAGCGUGCACCACACUCGCGUCCCACGUGACCCAGCUGAUGUCGCUCGCGGUCGCCGAGCCGUUCGUGGCGCCCGUGGACCUGCAGCUGUACCCGUCGUACGCGCUCGUCGUCGCGUACCCCGUCGACCUGUCCACUGUGCGGGCGCGCUUCGAGAACCUGUUCUAUCGGAGACCUGCAGCGGCUCAGUUUGACGCACGCUAUUUGGCCAGCAACGCCGAGCGCUUCAACAAACCGCACUCGCCCAUCGUGCGCCAGGCGCGCCUCGUCACCGACCUGUUGCUGUACAUCAUCAGCAACUGGCAAAAUGUGGACGUGGUGGUGAAGUACCACGAGCUGGCGGCUUCCUACCACUCUUCGGAUGAUGAGCCGCUCGCCACCACAUUGCACAAGGUAUCGUGA